GAAGUUUGGUUUCGCCUGAAGAGAGGGUGGGAGGAGAGAGUGGGCAAGGCUGGGAGGCUUGUGAACAAGAGCCCCAGCAGUGGCCCUUCAUCCCUUCAGAGACCCUUGUGAGGAGGUUGAGCCUCACUGAGGGUAGGACAAAGGGAGCCUGAGCAGACAGAGAGGGGCCUGGAGGGGAAAGCACUGGUUUAGGGGAGGAAGUGGGUGAAGGAGCCAGGCUGACAUCAGUAAUCAACAGGCAAAUAACAGUUUCUGUUGCAGGGGUUUCUGGAGGACUUCUAGAGAAAGGAGUGAAAAGCAGGUUAUGGGCCAGUGUCCCUGAGGGAGAGGGCUGUUCAGGGAAAUCCUGGAGUGGGGGGCAGGCCCUGAAACUGCCCUCCACAGCCUUCAAUCUGUAGAAACUUGGGUCCCUCAGUGGGGAGGGCUUUGUCCCACAGAUAACUGGUGAGCAGAGGUGGCCACCCCAGGUCUCAAUGGCACUGGGAGCAGUCACACUUUCCAACCUGGGCUAAGGCUGGGUCCUGACUCGUGCCAGUCUGGCAUGUCAAGCGUUUCCCAUCAGGACGGGCCCAUGCUGAAGGCCUGAGUUGUGCACCCCAUUUUUAGGCUGUCCAUAUUCAAAGUUAUAAUCAAGGCAACUUUAAAAAGAAAAGGUCCCAGGGAGGAUCUCUGAUUCUGACUGGAUCUUUCAGUGGAGACCUGGGAAUCUGAACUUUUUAUCAUCCUUUCCACAGUGAGGCCAACAGGGAAUCAGGCAGAUGAAAAGGAGUGAACUUCACUCUUCUCUUUUUAUCCCGUUUGAAUUUUGUAUCCAAAGCAAGUAUUACUCUGGUAAUGCAAGAGACCACUUCACUGAAAAAAUAAAACCCCUCAAUUCCCACAUCUGGUAGACUGUGGUCAUAGCACUGUCUGCCUAGCACUCUGGUGACCCAAAGGGUCUCAGGACAGGAGCUGGGCAGGCACUCGGGGCGGUCACCAAGCAAAACUGCUAGAGCUCUAGCUGGCUUGGCCGACACCAGGCUGCCCUCUUCCCUAAUGCUGGAGUAAGCCCACCCAUAUCUUGAAAAUUGCCCCAGACCCCCUCACUGCUAAGUCCACAAGAAAUCAAAUUCUUUCCUUUAUGUGACACUGGAUUUUCCACAAAGUAAAAUCAAGAUGAGUAAAGAUGUGGUUUCUAGAUAGUACCCGACAAAGCGGAGACCAGGGUGGGAGGCGUCACACUUGGCCUAUAAAAGCUACCGCAAGAGGCCAAGGCCACAAGCCACUCAGCUUAGGCCAGCCUACGUGUCUGCUCCUCGCUCCUCCUGUGUUAGCUCUAGGCUCCAUGGCGCUCUGGCUGACUGUGGUCAUUGCUCUCACCUGCCUUGGUGGCCUUGCCUCCCCGGGCCCUCACUCAAGGAGGGAGCUCAAGGAGCUCAUUGAAGAGCUGGUCAACAUCACCCAGAAUCAGGUAUCCCUCUGCAAUGGCAGCAUGGUGUGGAGCGUCAACCUGACAACCGGCAUGCAGUACUGUGCAGCCCUAGAAUCUCUCAUCAAUGUCUCUGACUGCACUGCCAUCCAAAGGACCCAGAGGAUGCUGAAAGCCCUGUGCACUCAGAAACCCUCAGCAGGGGUAAGGCGCCCUGCCCUGUACCCCUCAACCCUGCACCCACUCCUGCCAGCCCUGGGCUCACCCUAGAAGCUCCGGGGGGAACCUAGCUGAGCAUCUGAGGCAAGCGUCCACCCGGGGGGCGGAUCCACGGUGGCAACAGGAACAUGGCCUCCGGGAUUUCCAAGACCUGGUCUUGAGAGCUUCCGACUCCCACCUGAGCUUCAGUUUCCAUAUCGGUGAAAUGUGGGCACUAACAGACUAACAGUACCCGCCCCAUGGGGCUUUUGUGAGGAUUAAAUAAGCCAGUUCCUGGAAAGCCCCUGGCAGAAGCUGGGCAUCUUUGCUCUGGAGUCCCAUUAAUGCCCUGGCCUCUUUUUCCCACGGCAGAUUUCCAGUGAGCGCAGCCGAGACACCAAAAUUGAAGUGAUCCAGUUGGUAAAAAACCUGCUCAACCAUCUAAGGAGAAAUUUUCGCCAUGGAAAUUUCAAAUGAAGGAUGAAAACCUAGCAUGGCUAUUUGCAGAGGCAGACCUGACCGUUUAAGUUAUAGAUUCAUUUUUCUUUCAGAAGUUUCAAAUUACUUGGGGAGAUGGCAGGGGGAUGGGAGGGGGGCACGAUUUCCUUAGCUUAGACCUCAGCCUGUGCUGCCUGCCCUCGCCUAGCCGACCCCAGCUGCCCUUGCCUUGGUGCACAGGGCCCUCCUCCAUCUGGGCUCUGAGUUCUGUGAACAACCAGGGGCAGGAGGGGGAGGGGGGGCGGAGCACUGCCUCUCACGACUGCCCCCUCCUUAGAGGGAAUGGCAGCAUUACACCAAGGAUGCCACCUUGGCAGACACGUAUGGGAGGCGGACCUGCUCUAUACGGGGACAGCUAAGGCAGACAGCGGCUCAGGCAUAUCUCUUCUUGGCCUUAUUUAUUACUGUGUGUUAUUUAAACAAAUGUUGUUUGUCUGUGCUGGGGACAGGGAGGGACUGUCACCACCAGAACCUUGAGCUGGGGGCCCAGUGACUUGGGCUUUAGGAGUCCCUGGGAAUAAGCACUGUGUGCAAAAUUCUGCUACCUCAUUGGGGUCCUGGGGCCGACACAGGGGACAGGAGAGAGGGCUGGAGUAGCUGCUCUUGUCUGCCAGCCAGCAGUUGGCCCUCAGCCAAGAAGUAAUUUAUUGUUUUUCCCUGUAUUUAAAGUUAAGAAAUAAAAUGUUAUCAAAGAGUUAAUAAUAUAUAGAAGAGCAGCCUAGAAUGCUGCAUCUGGUGUGUGUGGCCUGUGGGGAGGGGUCAUUGAAUGUCUUGUUUCACUGACUUUGUCAAAGGAAGCCAGAAAUAAAGACAGUGACAAGA